AUGCUACCAGAUUCCAUCGGCAAGCUCAAAUAUUUGAGGGUUUUAAGUCUUAAUUAUUGCAAUCUCUUAGGAAGGAUUCCUUCUUCACUCGGAAAUCUUACUUUUCUCGCUAAGCUUGAUCUUUCUUUUAAUGGUUUCACCGGUGAGCUACCAAAUUCGAUGGGCAGCCUAAACCGGCUAACAAAUUUGGGACUUGUAUCGAACAAACUCAGUGGCAACUUUCCUCAUGUGCUGCUUAACUUGAGCGAGAUCACUAAAUUCGACCUUCGUAGUAACCAGUUCGAAGGUAUGCUUCCAUCUAACAUGAGUACACUCUCCAAACUGGAAGAUUUUGAGAUUAGUGAUAAUCUAUUUUCUGGAUCUAUUCCAAACUCUAUCUUUAUGCUCCCUUCUUUGGUCCACCUUGACCUGGAAAGGAACGACUUCAGUGGCCCUCUUGAGAUUGGGAAUCUCUCUUCACCGUCUAAACUUGGAAGUUUUGCCCUUGGAGAAAACAAUUUCAAUGGACCAAUCUCGGAAUGUAUAUCGAAACUAACCGAGCUUUGGCUUCUUGACUUGUCCUUUUGGAACACAAGGAGAGGCAUGGUCGAUUUCAACAUCUUCUUGCAACUGGAGUCUCUUACGUUGCUUGACCUCUCUUAUAUUAAUACAAGAAGCACACUUGACGUAAGCAUAUUCUCACCUCUCUUGUCACUGAGUGACUUGGAUCUUUCCGGGAUUAAUUUGAAGAUUAGCUCUACUCUCAGUCUUCCCUCACCGAUGGAUACCUUGAUUUUAUCGUCCUGCAAUAUUCUUGAGUUCCCCAAGUUUCUAGAAAACGCAACCAGUUUGUUAUAUUUAGACAUCUCUGCCAAUCAAAUUGAAGGCCAAGUACCAGAAUGGUUAUGGGGAUUGCCAGUGCUGCGGUAUGUCAACAUUUCUCAGAAUCUCUUCAGUGGUUUUGAAGGAUCAGUGGAUGUUAUUCAAAUACGUGGAGGACUAGUCAUGCUUGAUAUAAGUUCAAACACAUUCCAAGAUCUUCCUUUGUUACCAAACUCUAUGAAGUUCUUUUCAGGCUCUGAUAAUCAGUUUUCAGGAGAGAUUCCUAGAGCAAUAUGCGAAUUGGUUGCUCUAGAUACACUUGUUUUGUCCAACAACAACUUCAACGGUUCUAUUCCUCCAUGUUUCAGCACUAUUCUUUCGGUCUUGUAUCUUGGAAAUAACAGUCUCUCUGGUAUUUUUCCCAAGGAAUCUAUCAGUGAUAACUUGAGAUCACUAGAUGUUGGUAGCAACCAGUUAUCAGGAGAACUUCCCAAGUCUUUGAUCAACUGCACUCAACUCGAGUUUUUGAACGUGGAAGACAACAUAAUCAAGGACAAGUUUCCAUUAUGGUUGAGAUUAUUACCUAAUCUACAGAUUCUUGUCCUUCGUUCUAACGACUUCUAUGGGCCAAUAUCUUCUCCUGGGGGUUCUUUGAGUUUUCCCAAGCUGCGAAUAUUUGACAUUUCAGAUAAUCGCUUCACUGGAGUCUUGCCAUCAGAUUACUUUUCAGGCUGGACAGCAAUGUUAUCUGUGGUGGACAUUGAAGAUCGUACACCGAUUAGGUUUGCAGGACGUGGAUCAGGCUACUAUCAUAAAUCGGUUGGUCUGGCGAAUAAAGGAUCCAAUAUGGAGCUGGUUGGGAGUGGUUUCACAAUCUACAAAACCAUCGAUGUCUCUGGAAACAGAUUCGAAGGAAACAUUCCCAAAUCCAUUGAUUUACUCAAGGAACUGAUUGUGCUCAACAUGUCAAACAAUGCUUUCACAGGCCAUAUUCCACCAUCUCUAUCAAACUUGACCAAUCUCCAAUCAUUGGAUUUGUCUCAAAACAGAUUAUCCGGCGAAAUCCCGCCGGAACUCGGGAAACUCACGUUUCUAGGGUGGAUGAACUUUUCUUACAACAGGCUUGAAGGUCCAAUACCACAAGCCACUCAGAUUCAAAGCCAGAACAGUUCUUCUUUCGCAGAGAAUCCCGGUCUAUGCGGCUAA